AUUUAUACAGCAAGCCUUUGAUGUCCCCCAUCACCCCCACAGUGCAGUGUAAGCACUUCUCUAUCUCGUGCUCUGCCAGCACUGCCAGCCCAGAAUAUCUCCCUCAGCACCCUGCGCUUUGAGUGUGUGUGUGUACUGACUGUAGAUAUUACCCAAGAAGCCCCAACAAUGCUGCAAUAUAUGAGGGCAUUGUAAGAGCAAACUGGGGAGUGGGGGGAUAGAUGGAUGAGGGGUGGAGGUGGUGCAUGAGUAAUGAGCGGCUGAUUGUCAAAAAACAAAGAUGACCCUUUUAUAUAAUUCCCAACACUAAUGGGGGUGAAUCUAAACUCGGGUUUGGGUGUCAAACAGAGGUCAAUAACGAAUUAGGUCGUGUCAGUUGAACCCAGCAUGGAGUUUUGAUCACUUGCAGGUCCAAGCUACGCAGGCAUGAACCCAGAUAUGCAAAAGUAUAAAAACUAAUUUAGAAUUACAGCAGUUUUGUGUCAUUGUUUGUAUGUAUAUGUAUGCAUGUGUGUGUUUGUGGAAACUGCAGUUCUGUGGGGUGUGUCUAUGCUAGUUAACCACGGCCUACUGUCUAUAUUUAGCCUGAAACCCUCUCCUUUUCCCCCUGUGUUCCCCUGUGUGACCCUCACUGAGUACUGCAGGCAUUCCCAUAUCAGAGCAGAGAGAGACGGAGCUGCCUCGCAGAGAGAAAGACGGGGAGAGUUUCUGUUGGGUAGCUGCAUGCAUUUCGUGUGGCAGUUUACAAGUAGAGAGACAAUGGGCACUGAGCUGUAAUCUUGUUAUCCACAUAUGCAGGACAAUGAGUGUAUCUAGUGGCUCUUUGAUAGUCUCUCUUUCUGUGGUGUAACUAUGGAGGAUGCCGAGUUGGUAAUACGGUUGCCAGGGCGGUCUGACUCCCCCGUGGGCAACAGAAAUUUCAAUGCGGGCGCCGGGUUUGGCGAAACGUUGGUGUUGCGGCACAAAGAGGUUCACCACUUCUUUUUCGUCCCCUUCAGGGAGCAGCCCAUCUACAGCACGAGGGCCCACGUCUUCCAGAUCGAUCCCAACACCAAGAAGAACUGGCUGCCAACCAGCAAGCAUGCCGUCACCGUCUCCUACUUCUACGACAGCACGCGCAACGUCUACCGCAUCAUCAGCCUGGACGGCACCAAGGCAAUAAUCAACAGCACCAUCAGUCCCAACAUGACUUUCACAAAGACCUCACAGAAGUUUGGCCAGUGGGCGGACAGUCGAGCAAACACCGUCUACGGAUUGGGAUUCUCGACUGAGCAUCAUCUAUCCAAGUUUGCAGAGAAGUUUGCAGAGUAUAAAGAAGCAGCACGGCUCGCUAAGGAGAAGAGUCAAGAAAAGAUGGAGAUGGCCACGUCUCCUUCUCAGGAGUCUCCGGGAGGCGAACUCUCAUCGCCUUUGACUCCCGUGACUCCUCCGAUGGAAAACAUCAACGGCACAGAUGAGAUCUGUGACACGACUCCGAACUCAGACAGCCGUCCAGAGCCAUCGCAGAACGCACUGGCCUUCGCACACAGCCCGGCCAUGACAAAACACUGGGAGGCUGAGCUGGAGGCACUAAAGGGGAACAAUGCCAAGCUAACGGCAGCUCUGCUGGAGUCCACAGCCAAUGUCAAACAGUGGAAACAGCAACUGGCUGCCUACCAGGAAGAGGCAGAGAGACUACACAAACGGGUGACGGAGCUGGAGUGCCAGAGCAACCAAACCCCGGUGAUCAAAUCCCAGAAGACUGAGCUGAACCAAACCAUAGAGGAAUUAGAGAAUACACUAAGAGAUAAAGAGGAGGAAAUGGAAAAGUUGAAAGAAGAAUUAGAAACCAUGAAUGACCUGAUGGAGCAGAAAGACACGCUUACCCAGAAACUGGAGGAGACGGAGCUUCGCAGUCGGGUUCUGGAGGAGCAGCUGGCCGGUGCCGAGCAGCGGCUGGAGGAGAACCAGGAGGAGCAGGAGAAUUUUAGGAAGAGCCUGCGGACGCUGCUGGAGCUGCUGGACGGCAAGAUCUUUGAGCUGACGGAGCUCAGAGACACCUUGGCUCGGCUCAUAGAGGAGGCCAGCUAGAGAUGGAGAUGCCAAAUUCCCACAAACAGAGCCAUAUGAUAAUUCACACUCUGACGCCCCACGACUCACCCACAACCAAUCCUGCCCGCCUCCUUCUUCAAACAAUCUACACACAUUGAAACUGAGACACAGCACUGCCCAACGUUCACACUUUGCUCACAAAGGGCAGCUGAUUCCCCAGUUUUUACCCAGCAGGCAUCAAGUUCCUACCGACCGCUGGCACUCCUGUAGAUCAAGACGACGCAGGGACUACCUCAGCUUGCCUUCUGAUUGGCUGGUGUAGGCAUCACCUCGGUUGAACUGGUCGAUCCGUUUGUAGAGACGCCUGCUGUGGCUCACUGCAACUGCCCACCCACCCACACUUCCACCCACACAUACACCCACACACACUCUCACAAAGAGUUAACUUGAGAACUGUGCCUCAGUGCCACCUACUGUUUGACUUGGAGAGCUGCAGCAUCACAAUGUCGCUCACACACACACACACACACACACACACACACACACACACACACACACACACACACACCCUUUUCUUCCUCUCUAAACUGCCCCCCCAAGGGGAAUGUUGAAAGUCAUGUGGAAAUAAUUGCUGUUAAGACUCAGAGAACUGCGCCAAAGCUGCCAAAUCCCCCGAAAAUAUUGUCCUCUAACUAGCAGAUGCUUUGAUCCAAAGUGACUUACUGUACAGAGAAGAGCUGAACAGACGAACCCACGUUUGAGCUCGGCCUGCCAGAGGAGCAUUGCUGGGAAUUAAAGGACGGCUCUCAGUAAACCAGUCGGUCUUACCUGUUGGCCUGGAUGAACACACGGGGCUGCUGGGAAAUGGAGUUUAGCUAAAUGAAAGACUUUAUGUGUAUAUCCACAGCAGAUUUAAAAUCCUAUAUGAUAGAUGAAUAUUGAAUCUUUCCGAGGCGUUAUUCAUGCCACACAGAAAUUUUAGACAACACGAUCCCAACGCUACAUUUGACACGAGAAUUCCUGCAUCCAGACUGCUUCCGGCAUCACAGACGUCUGACCUGUCUUCCUGCCAAAACUCAGUGUGGUGUGUGUUCCCGAACGAGGCCUGACGUAACGUGUGCCUUGAAAAGCACACAAAAGUGGACACGUUUGUAUAUAAAAAUGUGUGUGUGUGUGCGUUUUGUGCUGUGAGAGAAAGACCCUGCUUUUGGACAACAAGGCCUACACAAACACCUGAACACACACUCCCUCCCACCCUCUCACACACACACAGACACACACACACUGAGCAAUACCAGACAGGCCCUAUACGACACCUCUAUCCAACUCUAUCAGGUACUCUACUCAGUGGACUCAUGCAGAUAGGUCAAAUGCAACUAAGCUGAUCCCCCCACCGUCCAACAGAAAGUGUACUACUGUUGACCGUAAAACUGUGUGGCAGCCCUGUCUGGUCGAAGUAGUGCAUCGUGAAGGGCUUAUAGAGUGUCAUCUCCGUAUUCGUAGAAAUCCACACCCUCAGUCAAACUGGCCACAGAUUUUUCACUCCUCACAGGUGAAUCCAGAACUGUACUCAGUUUCUAUAGUUUUUUUUUUUUACACAGGAUAUAAUACUGACGAUACAAUUAUAGAACUGUAUAAGACAACUUUCUACUCAUGACAGCAUUGUAAAUGAAUGGAUGAACAACUCAAAUGCAGUAACACCCUGCAGUGGCUUAUUGUUGUGUAUUAACCCACGAGUAUCUAGUCUGUAGGUAAGCAAUGAGAACCUCCUCUGUGUAUUGAAAAUGCGUAACAACACAAUGUAAACACAGUGUUUUACACAUUCUGUACCAAAACAUUCACCUGCUGUAUAAAGCAGAUCUUGUGCCGGUAAAAUCCUGAAUUCCAAGUCAAUUUCUAAAAAGCUCUACCUUCACGAGGUGCUACCUAUCUUAUAUUUCAGUUGAGCACCCUGUUUGCACUGUGUUAUUACACUGCUGUAACCCCAUUAUAUGUCAAGAUUUGCAUUUAGUAUUAGCACAGUAUAUUAUAAUUAUUUUCUGUAGUUAGCUACACAGGUUAAUACACUGGAAUAAGACUCAUGUAAAGGGAAAUGUUACCUUUUUUUUUUUCUUUCUGGUUUAACUUUGACAGUCGAGUGACAGAGAUGGAAAACCUUCAUAUUAAUGCUAUUGUUAAUGAAUGCCUUUGUACAGUAGUGGAUAAGAAGCUUUUCAUUCUCCUGUUUUGUAACUUAUGGUAUUUAAAUGUAGGUAUUAUUAUUGUAUUUAGAGGUAUGAGAAGACUGGCAAUAUUUUUGACUAUUUAAAGUAAUUUUGAACUCAUGAUAUUAAAGAGGUACCUCAGGCUAAUGAUGUUCGUAGAUUGGUGAGACUUGUGUGCUUGCAGGUGAAAGGAUUUAGCAAAAUGCUGGUGAAAAAAAAAUACGAUCAGGAGACACACCUGUUGGUGCUUCAGCCAAACUAAAUCCUUUGUUGAAUUCAAACAAAGACAGCCCCACCAGGCUGAGAACACACCUCUGUGAACUGAGAAAAUGCUAUGUUUUAUAUUCAAAUACAGUGACCGCAGAAUUCA